AUGGCUAAGCACGGAAAUAGCUCCAUUGACCAGCUAGAAUAUCAUAAACUAAUAAAAUCAUUACUUCUGUGUUGAUUGUUAACUCGAAAUUUACUCAAGACCAAUUGAGAAAGAAAAGCUACCUGGGCAGAUUGGAUCGAUCGUGAUUCAUCUCCAAUAAAAGUUAUUCAUUUAAAAAAUGAUUGAAUAAAGGCUGGCUCUAUUACGGCGUUAUAUUGAGAAGGGUAUGCACUCGCAGCUUUAUUUGAUUAA